GCCGGGCUGGCGAGGCUGCUCCACGACGUGGGGCAGGCGCUGACCACCGCCUUCGUCGUCCGGGCCUCGGUGGCCGACUGCCCGGAUUGCUGGUGCAGUCCGGCCUUGCACUGCCCAGCGCUGCAGUGCACGUGCCCCAGCGGCGAGGGCACCCUGGCGGCCGCCGCCACCCCGGGGUGCCCCGGGUCCCAGCUGGCCUGGGUGGCAGGCCUCUCGCUGCUCCUGGGCGCCGUGCUCGGGGCCGCGGCCGUCUCGUGGGCUUUGCGGCCUCGCCCGAGGGCGCUUGCGGCGCCCGCCGCGGCGCCCGUGGAGGCGGACAGCGCGCCGGCGGGCGACGACCUCGCGCACCCCGCGCUGGAGCAGGCAAAGGCCUUCCGCAGGACGCCGGGGUACGUGAUGACCCCGGACUUCGACGAUUACGGCGAGACCACGAACCCAGACGCGGACGUGAUGGAGAUCCACUUCGUGCACGGGCAGGGCGGCAGGGCUGGAGGCAUCCCGGAGAACCGGGUCUGCAGGUUUCGCCGCCUGCCCACGGCGGCCGAGAUCUGGAGCGCCCUCCGCCGCGGGGCAGCGCUGGGGUACGGGCCGAUGCCCGCUGGGCCCUUCCUCCUCACGCUGUCCGCGGUGAACUGUGCAGGCGCGCCGGCGGGCAGCAUAUCGCUGGCGGACCCGGCGAUCGUGGGCCCCCCGCCGGGCGGCGUGGCCGGAGCUUACCCAGCGGCAGCGGUCCCAGGCGCGCUGGCGCUUCCUGGGGCGGCCCCGCCAGCCCCACCGGCGGCCGCGGCCGCGCCAGCGCCGGCAGCCGCGGCCCCAGCCGCCGUGGCCCCCGCCCCCGGGGCGGCCGCUGCUCCAGCGGGUCGGGCGCCGGCGGUGCCAGACACCGCGGCGGUGGCGCCGCAGCCGAGCGGGGAGCCCGCGCCAGGCUGGCACUGGGUGGCCGCCGAGGACGUCGACGGCGCCGUGACGUUCGGCACGAAGGUGGCCGUCGGGGUGCCGGGCGGAGCGACCCUCGUGGGCCGCGCGGGGCGCCGCGGGCUUCUCACGCUCGCCGGCGGCGCCGGAGCCAGCGCGGCGCUGCUGCAGGACAGCGAGAUCCCGUGGUUCACGCAGGAGUACCGCGGGAGCGACGCGCGCACGCUCGAGAUCCCGCCAGGAGCCGGGCAGCCAGGCGGCAACUCUCGGGAGUGGCGCGAGGUGGUGCAGCUCUGCCGCGAGGAAUCCGUCCCGGGGUUUGGCGUAGCUCCGCCGAGGACGGCGCAGUGGCGUGCCAAGUACCAGGUGAAGGAGGGGGGCCCGGUCCUCCAUCAUGAGAUGUGGAAGUCAAAGCGCAAGCUGAACCCAACCGACUUCGGGGUGGACAUGCACGAGACGAUCUCCAAGAUGAUCGAGGCCAUGGGCUCGGCCGACCACCUGGACGUCUACAACUUGGCGAGCGCGGAGCUCGGCUACAGGAAGCUCCAGCUCAUCGAGCACUACUGGGACGACAGGAGCGCGGAGCAGCAGCAGCAGCACAACAUGCGGAUGCCCUUGGAGGAGGCCUUCGCAUUCAUGGGAGGCUCGAGGUCUCCCUCGAUGGUGUGCCCCGAGCUGCUCGAUUCGGUGUCGAAGGAGCUGGAGCGGAUCCACAGCAUCAAGAAGAACGCGAGGAAGCUGAGGGAGGAGCAGAAGGCCAACAAGGGCGGCCGGGGUGAGCUCGUGGCCGAGCUAGUAGUGGCGCUCAACCAGCUGGAUGCCGGCUCUGAUGACCCGCCGCGCCGUGCUGGCCAGGAGCCCAACAGGAUGCAGCAGCUUUGCCUGGAGCAUCUCGCCGAUAGCUGCGCGGCGAUGGGCUCCAUUCCUCCAGACUUGUCGACCGAGGUGGCCCUCCGGGAGCUCCAGGUUGGCGCCGGCUACUCCGACGGCGAGCCCGUCACGGUGGCCCCCUUCGCGCACGACCUCGUGUCUCUGCCAGCUGUGGGCGGCACGCCUGUGCCCCUGAGCCAGUUGUUGGGAGACGACGGUCCAGACAUCGUGCGAAGGUUCAUCGCUUCGAAGGUUUUGCCAAUUCAAAGCGCCGAGAUUUUUAAGAAGGAGGCUGGCUUCGCACGCCCUUACCUGGAUCCAGUGCUGCGGCAGCCCGCGGCCUACCUGGCCUUCGUCGAGAGGAUGAGGGACGGUGGCAUGCUGGAGUUCAGGGUCGAUGAGGGCAAUUUUGAGGAAGUCGGUCUAUUCACCGUUUGGAAGAAGGAUGGUCGCCAGCGCCUGGCGAUCGAUUGCAGGGGCAGCAACUUCAGGUUCGCGGAGCCCGACAAGACCAGCUUGGCGUCCGGGGGCAGCUUCAGCUCCAUCGAGCUGGCGCCGGGCGAGGUGCUGUGGACGGCGGGAGUCGACAUAGCGGACGCCUUCUACAACAUGGGCCUGCCGCCGGAGCUCCGGCACCUCUUCGCGCUCCCGCGGCUUCGGGCAGCGCAGCUCGGAGUGCGUGAGCUGGGCGGGCGUCCAGUUCCAGGCCGCGCUUGGGUGCGCCCGUGCUUGGCCGCUUUGCCUAUGGGCUGGACGCAUGCGCUCGACUUUUGCCAGAAAGUGCACAGAAAUAUCUUACUCCAGAAGGGAGGGUUUGAGAACGUUCCCGAAGUGGUCGAUGGUAUGCCGACGCCUCCCAUCCAGGACGGGGCCUACACAGCCUAUGUUGACAAUUUCAUUUCCUUUGGUGUGAAUCCUGACAGGCCUGCGGCCCUCCUGAGGCGCCCGCUCUUGGCCGUAUUUAGUUCUGUGUAUGCCUUCUCGAGGAAGUACUUCGAUCGGGUGAUGAAGCUGCCGCCGUCUGUCCGCCGUGAGCUUCGUUGGGCCGCCUCCCUGAUCCCCCUGGCCUGGGCUGAUCUCCGGGCCACCUGGUCUCCCAGGGUCUACGCGAGCGACGCUAGCGAGGAGGGGGGGGGCGCGUGCCAGAAGGAGGCCGGCCUGGGAGCAAUUCGUGGUGCUGGGAGGUACGGGGAGAGGUGGCGAUUUCGACGAGCAACUGCUUCGCGACCUCGCGACUGCCUCUUCGAGCAGAGCGACCCGCCGACCGCCGACACCGCGAAGGUCGAGCCGAUCGCCGAGUUCGUCGUGUCGCCGGAGGUGGGGCCCGUCGUGUCGCCGGAGGUGGCGGUGGAGGAUCCAGAGGGUAACUUGUGGAAGGUCCCGGAGGUGGAGGAGGAACUGUACGGGGGGAGGUGGCAGGUCGUGUCGAGCGGAGGGUGGGCCCGGUCCGAGAAGAUCAUCGUCCUCGAAGGUCGGGCGCUCGUUCAUUCUCUUAGGCACGCACUUCGCGACUCGAAGUCCUUCGGUAAGCGUAUCCUCUUCCUUUGCGAUAGCAUGGGGCUCGUGUGUGCUAUGGAGAAGGGCCGCUCCUCAGCUGGGGGCGUCCUCCGCGUCGCCCGGCAAUGGGCCGCCUGGUGCCUGGCGGGCGCGGUGCAGGCCUCGGUGCGCUGGAUUCCGUCUGAACGGAACGUCGCCGAUGCGCCGUCGCGCCGCCGCAUCCCCCUCGGGGUUUGGCUCGACAGCGCCGCGGCGGACACUGCCGAAGGCUUCGAACAGUGGGCCGUCCGGGACGCCGGGCGCAGCAGCCAGCAGGCCGACUGCCGCAGCGCCGGCCUCGAGCUCGCCGAGCUGGCCGUCCGCGAGCCUGCCGUCGGCGCUCUGCGGGGCCCUGGAUCGCUGCUGCAGCGGGCGUCGGUGACUCCGAAGACCGUGGCCCAGUACGACGGUCUGUGGCAGGACAUCCUUCGCAUGUGGCUGCGGCUGCGUCCGGCGGGCUCCCUGCAGGCGGAGCCGGGCGACGACGAGACGGACUUCGUGGUCGCCAGCUGGAUGGACCAGGAGUACUCGUUCGGGGAGCUGGCGCAGAGGGGCACCAAGGGGCUAGCGGCGGUGAAGUACUUCCGGCCGCAGUUCGCAAAGUCGGGAGGGCUCUCCCUUCCGCGCUCGGCGCAGGCCUUGAAGGGCUGGAAGCGGCUCGCCCCUGGGCGGGCGCGGCUGCCGCUGCCGUGGGAGGUCGUCGCGCUGAUCGCGCUGGAGCUGCUGCUGACCGGCUUCUGGGCGAUGGCGGCUUGGACGAUCAUCACCUUCCACUGCUACCUGCGCCCCAGCGAGCUGCAGCGGGUUACCGCCGAGAUGCUCGUGCCGCCUGUGCCGGGGACCCACGCGGCGAACUGGGCGAUCGUGCUGCACCCGAGCGAGGAGGAGAUCAGCAGCAAGACAAGGGAGUUCGACGAGACCGUGGUGUUCGAUCUGCCGCUGUUCCACUUCCUCGUGCCCGUGCUCUCUUACCUCAAGAGGGAGACGCCGGCCGGGCAUGCCCACUACUUCGUUGUAGAUUGCCAGACGUCACAGCAGGAGAGGCCGCAUUUCAUGGCCAUGGAUCCGUGCAGCAUUCCUUUGCCAUUCCAUUGCCAUUUGAG